AUGUCAGAAGUACCACCAACUACCACCACCGAGGAAAAGAAGGAAGCUACCCCCAUUUUCGGUAGCUCUUUGACUAGCAACUCUUCCUUUGGUAGCAUCGUUGCCAACAACCUUACCAAUCCUUCCACACCCUCAACCACUGAAGGAGGAGAAGAGGAACACGCUCCAGAUCACGAACCAAACGUCGAAUUCACACCAAAAUUGAACUUGCAAGUAGUCGAAGUCAAGACCAACGAAGAAGAGGAAGACAUUCUCUUUGAAAUUAGAGCCAAAUUGUACAGAUUCGUCACCGAUCCACAACCACAAUGGAACGAAAGAGGUGUUGGUAUCGUCAAGUUCUUGAAGCAUCAAACUACCAAUAAGAUUAGAAUCUCAAUGAGAAGAGAAAAGAUCCUCAAAGUUUGUUUAAAUCAUUACAUUUCACCAUUCUUUAAGUUGGAACCAAACGCUGAUAGAUCAUGGGUUUGGAAGUGUCCAAAGGAUUACUCUGACACUGAUGAGCAUCCCGAAGGAACUGAAGAAUUAUUUGCCAUUCGUUUCAAUACUCCAGAAGCCGCACAAUCAUUCAAGACUGUAUUCGAACAAUCUCAAAAGGAUAUGGCUGAAUUAGCAGCUGGAAAUAAAGUAGAAAAGAAAGAAGAAGAGGAAAAGAAGGAGGAAGAAAAGAAAGAAGAAAAGAAGGAAGAAGAGGAAAAGAAGGAAAACUAA